AUGUCCAAGAAGGGGGCCAGCAGCCGGACUCGGGGGGACAAGGCAGAGGCGCUCACAGCACUGCAGGCUGCCAACGAGGAGCUGCGGGCCAAGCUCACCGACAUCCAGAUUGAGCUGCAGCAGGAGAAGAGUAAGGUGGGCAAGAGGCGGGAGAAGAACCAGGAGAUCCGGCAGGUGCGGGAGCACGAGCAGCACAAGAACGCAGUCCUGGUCACGGAGCUGAAGACAAAGCUGCACGAGGAGAAGAUGAAGGAGCUGCAGGCCGUGCGGGAGACGCUGCUGCGGCAACACGAGGCCGAGCUUCUGCGGGUCAUCAAGAUCAAGGACAAUGAGAACCAGCGGCUGCAGACGCUGCUCAACGCUCUGCGAGAUGGCGCCCCUGACAAGGUCAAGACCGUGCUCAUCUCGGAAGCCAAGGAGGAGGCCAAGAAGGGCUUUGAGGUGGAGAAGAUAAAAAUGCAGCAGGAGAUCUCUGAGCUCAAGGGCGCCAAGAAGCAGGUGGAGGAGGCGCUGACAAUUGUCAUCCAGGCGGACAAGAUCAAGGCUGCAGAGAUCCGGAGUGUGUACCACCUGCACCAGGAGGAGAUCACCAGGAUCAAGAAGGAGUGCGAGCGGGAGAUCCGCAGGCUGAUGGAGGAGAUAAAGUUUAAAGACAGAGCAGUCUUCGUGCUGGAGAGAGAGUUAGGGGUGCAAGCUGGGCAUGCUCAGAGACUGCAGCGGCAGAGAGACGCUCUAGAUGAGCAGCUGACCCAGGCCAGAGAGGCUGAGCGGCACCUGGGCAGCCCCAGACGGGACCUUCCUUGUACAAGCGGUGCAGGAGACGCCUCAGACCACUCGGGAAGCCCUGAACAGCAGUUGGAUGAAAAGGACGCCCGUCGCUUCCAGCUGAAAAUCGCCGAGUUGAGUGCCAUCAUCCGGAAGCUGGAGGACCGCAAUGCCUUGCUGUCAGAGGAGAGGAACGAGCUGUUAAAGCGGCUUAGAGAGGCAGAAAGUCAGUAUAAACCACUGCUGGACAAAAACAAGCGUCUGAGCAGGAAGAACGAGGACCUUUCACACACGCUGCGUCGCAUAGAAAACAAGUUAAAAUUUGUGACCCAGGAGAACAUAGAAAUGCGUCAAAGAGCUGGGGUUAUCAGGAGACCGAGUUCCCUAAAUGACCUGGACCAGAGUCAAGAGGAGAGAGAAGUGGACUUCCUGAAGCUCCAGAUCAUUGAGCAGCAGAACCUCAUAGACGAACUUUCCAAGGAGCGAGACAAGCUUCUUAGAUACCGGAAGCAAAGGAAGAAGAUGGCGAAAAUCCCCAAGCCGCCGGUGGUGGUGGAGACUUUCUUCGGGUAUGAUGAAGAAGCGUCUCUGGAGUCAGAUGGUUCUUCUAUCUCUUAUCAAACUGACCGGACAGACCAGACUCCGUGCACCCCUGAGGAUGACCUGGAGGAGGGCAUGGCCAAGGAGGAGACGGAGCUACGCUUCCGGCAGCUCACCAUGGAGUACCAGGCGCUACAGCGUGCAUACGCCUUGCUGCAGGAGCAGGUCGGAGGGACCCUGGAUGCCGAGCGAGAAGUUAAGACGCGUGAGCAGCUCCAGGCAGAAGUGCAUCGCUCUCAGGCACGCAUCGAGGACCUGGAGAAGGCGCUGGCAGAGCAGGGCCAGGACAUGAAGUGGAUUGAGGAGAAGCAAGCCCUGUACCGGAGAAAUCAGGAGCUGGUGGAGAAGAUAAAACAGAUGGAGACAGAGGAAGCGCGGCUGAAACACGAUGUCCAGGAUGCUAAAGACCAGAACGAACUGCUGGAGUUCCGGAUCCUGGAACUCGAGGAGAGAGAGAGGAAGUCACCCGCCAUCAAUUUCCACCACGUGUCCUUUGUGGACGAUGGGAGGAGCCCCCUGCAGGCGUACUGCGAGGCCGAGGGUGUGACGGACAUCCUGGUCUCAGAGCUGAUGAAGAAGCUGGACAUCCUGGGCGAUAACGCCAACCUGACCAACGAGGAACAGGUGGUCGUUAUCCAAGCCAGGACUGUCCUCACCUUGGCAGAAAAGUGGCUCCAGCAGAUUGAAGAGACGGAGUCAGCCCUGCAGCACAAGAUGGCCGACCUGGAGAGUGAAAAGGAGCUGUUUAGCAAGCAGAAGGGCUACCUGGAUGAGGAGCUGGAUUACCGCAAGCAGUCCCUGGACCAGGCUCACAAGCGCAUCCUGGAGUUGGAAGCCAUGCUGUACGAUGCCCUGCAGCAGGAGGCUGGGGCCAAGGUGUGUGCGAUGCUGUCGGAGGAGGAGCGUGAGAAGCUCCAGGUCGCCGUGGAACAGUGGAAGCGCCAGGUCAUGAGCGAGCUGCGGGAGCGGGACGCCCAGAUCCUGCGGGAGCGCAUGGAGCUGCUCCAGCUGGCACAGCAGAGGAUUAAAGAGCUCGAAGAGAGAAUAGAGGCACAGAAGAGGCAGAUAAAGGAGCUGGAAGAAAAGUUCCUCUUUCUAUUUCUGUUUUUCUCCCUAGCUUUCAUUCUCUGGUCUUAG